AUGGAAAAUCCACAAUUCUUUAAUUAUCAUGAAUUUUCACUUGACCCUGAAAAAAAUAGCUCUGAGCCAGAGGAGCUAUGUGUAAGCCAUUUCCCCGACAUAUAUUGUAAGCCAACUCGAGAUGGAAUGAUAAACAAGAAUUAUAGAAUAGUGAGAAUUCCUAGAAGAUUCGAAAAUACCUUAGGAAUCCCUUAUUUUAGUAAUGUUUUACCUGGUAAUGAACCGGCAGCGUUAACUUACGAUUAUGAAGAUCAAGGAUUUUUACCCCACGAAAAUGUGGAUGGCAUUGCAUAUGGAAUAUCGUCAUUUUCGCCCUUAUCCUUAUAUAUAUCACCAGAAGAAUUCCAAAACAUUAUUGAUAAAGUUAAUAGGUUUUUAGAAGAGGGAUUUAGAGUUAAUUCAUUUUUUAAUUUCAUUACUAUUAUUUUGGACUUCUUACUGUUGGGAGCAUGGGAUAUUGUAUUCAAUUAUUUCUAUUUUGAUUCGUUUCAAGAGCUAGAAAGAUAUGUCCAACAAUUAAAUAAUUCAGAUCUAUUUAAAAGAAACAAUAUUCGACUGAUUUCACCUCAAAAAUCUGGUUAUCUAUCCUUAGAUUUUGAAGUACCGACACCUCGAAUAUUAAGAACUAAUUCGGAGGCUGACUCCACAUCAAGACUUGAAUCUGCAUCCACAUCAAAAAUCACUCCGCAUAACGACCAAUAA